GAGGGAAAUAUAUUAGAAAAUAUUCGCAGCGGAAGCAGAAAUCCUGACGGAACAAGGGUGUAAAUCGGUUGUGUAAUUUUUGGCGCCAUCAUUGUCUCUUCUCAGUCAGAUUCGGCGUUUUUAUUUCGUUGUAUUGAUGCAGAUCCACGCCGAAUUCUGAUGACCUGCGGAUACGAUCGUCGUCAGAUUUCCGUGCUGUAUUUAUGGCAGACAGCAUUUGGAUGUGGAAAGGGUUGACAACCAGCCACUUGCCAUGAACCAGAUCCCUCUUCAGAAUGGGGAAAUCCCCAACAUACCUAUGAAUACUCUGGCCGGCAUCUCCAGCCUCACUGAGUUAUUGCCAGAGUUGCCUCUGCCGACACCCCACCCAUCCACAGUGAACAAUAAAAGCCUACUGUACAGCCAGCGGGUGAUAGAAGAAGCUCGGCGACUGGUAGCCAACCCAGAUGAAAAUCUUGUUCCUCAUCUGGUCCAAGCUUUAGGACAGACCUCCACAGACCACAUUGAGCUGAAAGACAACUCGGGCAAUGCUGAAGUGGAGGGUGACCUGCCUCCACUGCUGCAGGCUGUCCUGGCCUGCAACCCUAACGUGUUCAACCAGAGGACAAGGAGUGUAGAGCCCCACUCAUCCAACCAUGGAGGAGGAAUUUCUCCUCGAACACCGAUGGCUCCGUCUCCGUAUUACCAGCAGUCACCAGACGGCAUGGUGCAGCAUUCUCCCUACCAGAGAUCCCACACGCCCAUGGCACAGCAGCAGCAGGGCAGCCCUUCUCCUUACAGUCAGAACAGUCCUUAUCCACAGGGCAGCCCGGCCAAGUACGGCCCCCAGCCCAGCCCAUACCCACAGGGCAGUCCCUCCUCAAGGUACCAGCCACAGGAAAGUUCUGCAAAGUACGCUGCCCAGGGGAGUCCAGCCCGACACAUGUCACAGGGUAGCCCAGGGAAGUUCCACCCACCCACAUUCCCCCUGGGUCACCAGCAGCAGAACAUUCCACAGGGUGUACCAUCCAAUACCUGCAACGGAUACUCUGCCAACCAGUUCUCCCCUGCACCCUCCCCUGCUGUGGGCAGCCCGCCUAGUGCCAACGUCAUGUCCCCACCUCAGACCCCCAGCAGAGUUCUGGGGCAACACCAACCUAAAGCCAUUCCAGCUCUGUCACCAACCAGCCUUGGUGGGGGACUGCCGGGUAAGCCGGCUGCGGUGACCAGGCCGUCUGCAGCGGCCGCAGCAGAACCACUGCAGCAGCCGCAGUCGGAGCCGCAGCUCCAGCUACUGGAGCAGGAGAACCAGGAGCCUGCCGCAGUGUUCAGUGCGGCUCACGCUGCCCACCAUAUGGGAGGGGAGGACAAGCCCCAGGACCCAGCAGGGCAGCCGGAGGAGAAACAGAGGCUGGAGAAGAUCAAGCUGAGGAUGGUGCCUGGUGGGGCAGAACCUGUGGUCGUCCUGGAGCCUCUCUCUCCUAAGGACAAAAUGCUUCUCAGUAAGAGCAGGCCUAUGUCGUCUAAAUCAGUCGACGCCCAGAGUGCUGCACAAGCCUUUGCUUUCGACGACAGCACUUCAGCAGAUGAGCAUUCGUCAAAGGAGACAAGGAUCUCUCUCAAGAGGAAGAAAAAGUCCAAGUCUCACCGGGAAGAAAAAGGUCGUUAUGUGCCAGAGGUGCGCUACAACAUCAUCAGUUCCCCUACGAAGGACUCUCCCAAGCUUACUCUGAAGCUGUCUAGGACAGUGAUUUCGCCCAAGACUGGUCAGCAGCUGAGGCCCAGUGAACUGCCAACACAAGACAGGGAGAAGUUUCUGCAUACCACAGAGUCAGACAAGUCAGGGAAGGGAAACGUAGACAAGACAGUUCCAGAGAUUAUCCCUGCAAAGAAAGAUCUUGUGGAGAAACCAGCAGCACAAGAGACUGUUGUGGAAAAAGAUAAAAAAGUCAAUCAAGACAAAGUAGCUUCAGACAGUACGCGUACAGAAAAGGCAGCUAUAGGUGCUGCUACGCCGAAGGAAGCUAUCACUAACGCGGAAAAUAAGAGCAAAGAACGCACCGCUCAAAAGUCUGACAAAAAGGAGUUGAGCAGUCUACAAGACUCCAGUGUAAAGACAGGACAAUCAAAGGUUGAAGGGAAGAAGCUAGAAUCUGUGGAACAGAAGAAACUACAAGAAAGUAACCACUCUACACAAGAAGUACAAGUAGUACAAAUUUCUGAUAGUCCAACCAGCCCCAAAGUCCCCACGAAAGCCACAGUGUCAAAAACCAGAAGUCAGGCAGAAAAGAUGGACACAUCUGCAUCUGAGGGUGGCCCAGUAGGCCCAGCAAGGCCUCACAUGACCAGAAGGUCGUUGGCUAAAGAGACUAACAAAAGAGACCCAGUGGCUGUAGUAAUGCUCGAGAGGCUUGGUCCUGGAAACGAUAUGUACAGCAACAUCAAGAGCAAACGAAGGCGAGGGUUGCCAGCUGAGGACAAGUCAGAGGAAGUGCUGCAUAUCGUCGAAGCGCUCGUACCCAAGCAGGACGAAAGUGCCGUCAGAAGUACCAGGGAAAAGUCUCACAGCUCUCCUAUCGCGCAGACCCAGGACCGCCACGCGGACAUGAACUCUGGAGCCAAAUCAAGGGCCAAGAAACGGAAACACUCUGAGGGUCAAGAAGAAGCGGAUAUCAUGGAUCUUGAGAACUUUCCGGAUCCGUUUGAAGACAUGUACAGCAGCAUUAAGAACAAACGGCGGAGGAAGGCAUCUGCCAACGCUCUGAAGGCCAUGGAGAUUGGGAGUAAGGAUGAGGACAGCGGUGGUGAGACAGUUGCUGUCUCCAAGGACAGAGAGGAAAGAACAGCAGCUGUCAUGGAAGAAGUUAUUCGGCAGAGAAAGGAGAAGAGAAAGAGGAGAGAGAAGCGAGAGCAGGCCCAGCCUCAGCUGACUAUGGAGGAGCUGAUGGAAUCCUCCACGUUUAAGAGGUUCACAUCAUUGAUGGACUCAGUGUUUGAAUCCUCUGAGGAUAUGGAGCUCGACAUAGAUGCUGAUGAUGAUGAUGAUGAAAUCCCAGCCGACAGUCUGAUCCCCAAGGCUGUUCUAUCAGAGCUGUGCGGAGAAGCCGCCAAGCUGAAGUCCAUGGGAGUCAUGAACCAGGUGGCAGCAGAACGUCUAGUACGGCUCAUGAACAUUCUGGAGAGAAACAUCCGUGAUGGAGCUAAACUGCAACCACUACUUGUUCAGGAGGCUGAUGGAGAAGAAGAGCAGCGUCUGUGGAGAGAACUGACGUUUGAACGUGUCAUGAGGUCUGCUGACUCCUGCCUCACAGCUCUCUUCAUCACCACUUCAACUAAAAUGCCCAAGCAGGUAUUCAUUGAAGACACUAUAGAGCGGCUUGUCAUGUAUGCGAAGUACCAUCUCCAGAACACCAUCUACCCUGAGUUUGAUCCAGUCUACAGGACACCUGACAACAAAGACGGGAUAGUGUGGAACAGUCGGAUGAAGCGUGCUCACCACAAGGGAGCCCGCCACAAGUCAGUCGUGUCGCUGUACAACAAGCUGUGCGAAAUCGUGUCACUGCUGGCCGAGCUUUUAGAGGUGGAGAUGAUGACAGACACUGUCAUUCUGCAGGUGUCAAGUUUGGCGACAACUCCGUUCUUUGUUGAGAAUGUCAGCGAGUUGCAGCUCAGCGCACUGAAGCUGGUCAUGUCUGUGUUUUCCCGCUAUGAGAAGCACCGUCAGCUCAUACUGGAGGACAUAUUUGCAUCCCUCGCAAAAUUGCCAUCAAGCAAGAGGAACCUUCGCAGUUACAGACUAAACUCAGAAGACAAUAUCCAGAUGGUGACAGCCCUAGUGCUGUCUCUGAUCCAGUGUGUGGUGACACUGCCUGAACCUGAACCCGCCGACUCGGACAGGGACAAAGAAGAGAAGACAAAAGAGGACAAGAAGUCAAAAGACUCCAAAAUGGAUGAUGACGUCUUGAUUGCUUCUUCCUAUGAGACUGCAAUGAGAACUGCACAAAACUUUCUCUCUAUUUUUCUCAAGAAGUGCACCAGUAAAGAAGAGGAAGACUACCGCCCUCUGUUUGAAAACUUUGUUCAAGACCUCCUGGCCACCGUGAACAAGCCUGAAUGGCCAGCAGCAGAACUGUUACUCAGCCUUCUGGGAAGACUGCUGGUUCACCACUUCAGCAAUCGUUCUACGGAAAUGUCUCUGCGUGUGUCAUCUCUGGACUACCUGGGCAUGGUAGCUGCACGGCUGAGGAAGGAUGCUGUGUCCAGUGAGCUGGAUCAAGACACUCUAGAUGCCGUCAUGGAUGAGAUAAACUCAAUAUCUGAAGAUGAGUCAGUACAGCCUGAAAAAGACGAGUCAACAAGUCCUGCAUUUCCUGAUGGUGACCAAACACAAACAUUCCAGAGAGCCAUGUUAGACUACUUGGCAGAGAAUUCCGACACAGAUCCAGCUCUUCAUUUUGCGCGGCAGUUCUACAUCGCACAAUGGUACAGGGACUCCACAGCCCAGAUUGAGAGGUCCAUGAAAGGGAAGAAGUCCAAACGCGCGGAAGAUGACUCCGACAAUGAGGAUGAUGAUGACGAGGAUGAAGAUGACAAAAAGGACGAGCCUGUGUCCACUGUCGAUGUGAUGCAGGCUGCAGACAUGAGGAAAAAGUUCCUGUUAACAAUGGUCCAGGCCAGCCAUGGACCACUGGGAACCCUAAGGACCAAGCAUAGCAACCUGAGCUAUGAGAAUGCGUGUUUGAUUGCACGUUACCUGGCAUCACAAAGACCCUUCUCUCAAAGCUUUGACAUCUACUUGCAGCAGAUUCUACGAGUGCUGAGUGAGAAUGCGAUCGCUGUCCGGACUCGUGCCAUGAAGUGCUUGACUGCAGUUGUGGCAGUGGAUCCCGGUAUCUUAGCUCGGGCUGACAUGCAGAAAGGUGUGCAUGGACGAUUCAUGGACCAGUCCACUUCUGUACGGGAGGCAGCGUUGGAGCUGGUUGGCAAGUUUGUACUGCUGAGGACGGAGCUUAUUCCCCAGUACUACGACAUGAUCAUUGAGAGAAUACUGGACACAGGUAUCAGUGUUCGCAAAAGAGUCAUCAAGAUCCUGAGGGACAUCUGUCUGGAGGUUCCCAAGUUCACCAAGGUCACAGAGAUGUGUGUCAAGAUGAUACGAAGAGUGAACGAUGAAGAGGGCAUCAAGAAACUGGUGAAUGACGUCUUUCAGCAAAUGUGGUUCUCGCCUGUAAAGUCAUCUGAUGAGGAAAGCCUUUUUCGGAAGGUCAUCAACAUCACUGAUGUGGUUGAUGCCUGCAAGGAAACGGGAUACGACUGGUUUGAACAGUUACUGACUAAUCUGUUAAAGGCAGAAGAGAAUGCCUCCUACAAGCCUGCCAGCAAGGCGUGUGUACAGAUCACCAACUGUCUGGUGCAGAAUGUCCUCAGUCUGGAGGAAAAGACUGCAGAGACAGUAGAGAGCAGGACAAGCAGCCACCGACUUGUCUCCUCCCUGCAGACCCUGUACCUGUUCAGUAAAGUUCGGCCCGAGUUGCUUGUUGAUCAUGCCAUGACUCUACAGCCAUACCUGUCCACGCAGUGUAGUACCCAGGGAGACUACCUGGUGCUCCAUAACGUAGCUAGGAUUCUCCAACUCGUGGUUCCACUCAUGGAGCACCCCAGCGAAGUCUUCCUGGCCUCUCUGGAAGAGGACCUCAUGAAGCUCAUCAUAAAACAUGGCAUGAUGAUUCUCCAGGCAUGUGUAAGUUGCCUUGCAGCUGUGGUCAACAGUGUGACCCAUAACAUCAAGCUGGUAUGGGACUGCUUCCAGAAGUAUUUUGGAGUGUUGGGUAAGUUGAAGCAGGAGCACAGUGCAGACCCUGAGAGCCAGGCCCUGCAGCAGAACCGCCCCACACUGCUCAGAUCUCUCUUCACUGUCGGACUGCUCUGUAAACAUUUCGACUUCGAUCGCAAGAUGAAAGGACAGACAAAGGUCUGCAUCAAGGACAAAGUGUUUGAGGUACUGAUGUACUUUAUGGACCAUCCUGAUGAGGCAGUGCAGCACAAGGCCCUGACAGGAAUAGGCUUCCUUGCCAUUCAGCACCCAGACCUGAUGAUGGGCAGUCAGAUGACAAAGAUGUAUCACAGGUUUCUUAUGGAAGAGUCAUCUGUUAAACUUAAGUGCCAGGUUCUGAGAAACCUGCAGAACUACCUAACAGAAGAAGAUGCCAAGCUCAGGGUGGCAGACGCUGAAUGGAGCAAGAAUGCUAAGCAAGAGGAUCUGAAAGAAAUGGGAGACAUCAGUUCAGGGAUGGGCAGCAGUAUCAUGCAGAUCUACCUGAAGCACGUGAUGGAGACAUUUUUCCACUCGCAGACCUCAGUGCGCAUGGCCGCCCUACAUGUCAUAGUCCUCGUGCUGAAACAAGGCUUGGUACAUCCUGUACAGUGUGUUCCGUACCUGGUUGCUAUGGGCACAGAUGAGGAGGUGAUGGUGAGGAACAAAGCUGACCAGCAGCUGAGUGAGAUCGACCACAAGUACACAGGAUUCAUUCAUAUGAAGGCACUGGCUGGAAUAAAGAUGUCCUUCAAGUUGCAGCAGAUAGCACAGAAGAAUGGAGACACUAUAGUACGAGGAAUGCGGGAAGAUGAGAACCGAGCUCCGGCAGCCUUGUGCUCACAUCUGUACUCCCUGGUGCGCUGCAACCGACAACACCGGAGGGCCCUGCUUCUAUCCCUACUCAAGCUGUUUGAUGAUGAGACGUGCCAGCUUGAUGUCCUCCUGUAUGUAGCAGACAACCUAGCUUGCUUCCCGUUCGCAACACAAGACGAGCCGCUGUUCCUUAUACACCAUAUCGACAUCAUCUUGUCAGUCACAGGGGCUAACGUUCUGCAGUCUUUCCGUGAGGCUCUACAUCCCAGUAAGAAGACAACAGAACAAAAGGAAGGUGGUGAUGACGAGGAAGGGUCUCCUGUCGUGGAAUUGGUGGAUGAUGAUGACUUGGACGAAGACCAGCUACUAGCCCAGUUUCCAUCAGACCCCAAAGCCCUGCUGGACUGCUGUAUCCAGGCCCACGGAUGUAUUCUGCUUCUGAUGCUCAAGCAGUACCUGAAAGACUUGUAUGGAUUUACCGACAGCAAGUGUCACCGAUAUUCUCCCACGGAAGCAGCAAAGGUGUACGACAAGUCGUUGAACCGCAGGUCCCUCCCCAAGUUCAGUCCCCAGUCAGUUCUGGACUACAUGUGUGCGGAGACACCUGACUUUGCCGAGGAUGAGGAGGCCAGACGACAGCUGAUUGAACACUACUUAGAUUUUAAGCAGCUGAUGUUGCGCCUAGAUCCCGCAGAGGAUGAUGAUGAUACACCAGAGAGAGAGUCGACCUCACUGUCCCGAACCAAGAUAACUCCUACAAAAGAUACCAACUCAACCAAUGACAAAGCUCUGGAAUCAAAGAAGCGUCAGUCAGGACCUGAGACAGACGGAGACCAGGGUCAGGAGACAGUGGAGGAAGGGAAGGAAGGAUCAGUCACUAAAUCUGAGGGACAGGUGGUGAGUGAGAAGUCCUCAUCAGUCCUGAAGUCAAGACGAGGAAGGCCACCUAAAGAAAAACCAACCCCCAAACCUGCGAAGAGGCGACAGAGAAGAAAGAGAAGAAGAGUGGUGACUGUGGACAGUGAUGAUGAUGAUGAAGAGGGUGACUCCAGUGAUCCUGAUUUCAUGCUUUGAUGAACUCCCAUCACCUGAGCAUCAUCUCAUAGCUAGUACCUACGUACCCUCAGAGAAACAUCUCAUCGUUUAAAGUGGCCUGUUAUGUCGACUCAGCAUGAUGAGGGCACAUUCCUUAUCCAUGCUGUCUAUUUACUAUGUAAAUUGUUUGAUAUUAUAUUUCUUUGCACUAAAACUACUGUGACUAAGGUUGGGCAAAAGUUACAUUGAAUUAUAACAAGCUAUUUCCAUGAAGUUUAGCCGUGAUGUUCGUUUCAGGUGUGUUGAUGGAUGUUAUAUGCAUUUUACAAAUAGCUGCAGAAAAUAUGUACUUCUAGGCCCUUCCCGUUCUUUUGUCUAGAACCUUUUUUUUUGCACAUCACAUACUGUAUAUACUAAGCACUUUUCCUGAUCUUUCUAUCUCCUUCCAAUAGCAAAGUAUAGUGUAAGGUAACUUCCAGUUUAGAAAAUGAAAUUCGACCUUAGUUCUAGAUCUGACAAGUUGUCACUUUGAUAGUUAUGUACAGUUAGAAAUAGUAGUUUUUAAUGUUUUAAGUGUCCGACAGUUGCCAAGAUAAGUGCAGAAUGUUUAUGGCACCCAUUCCAGGUGUAGUCAUAACGCUGCACCUGGCCACUUGUGUAAGUAAUGACUUCUUGUUACUUGGGCAGAUUAAAGUGGUCAACAGUCUUACAUUCAGU